AAAUUACAUAUCCACAUUGUCUUGUAGCCAAUCUGCGGAGCUGUAUUUUACCAUCCAAGUUGCCAACCACAACAUUCUUUUGACAUACACCUUCUCUCUCUCUCUCUCUCUAAGUCCCCACCAGCGCUUCCUCAGCAUAAAACUAUUAAGCCUUAAUCAUGAAUCUCAAUUCUUCUCAUAGUUCUCUCUCCCUCUCUCUCUCUCAGUGCAUUCAUUAAUUGAAGUUUCAUAAUUAGAGAAUUGAUACCAAUUCAAUCAUUCAAUGGCUUCCCAUUUGUUACCCGGGGGAAUAUUGUUCAUGGUCUUCAUGGCUUAUUUUUCUUCACUAGCCUUAUCUUCAUCUCAGGUACAUGUACUAUACUCCACCAUAUCAGCUGCACCUGCAUACUUGCCAAGUGCUCCUCUAGUAUCUUCUCCUAGUUUACCCCCAGAUAUUCAACCUUUGUUCCCUACUCCUAAAGGUAUGGCACCUUCUCCAACUGAUUCAUCACUGCCUACAAUCCCUUCAAGCCCCAGCCCCCCAAAUCCUGAUAAUAUUUUGCCUCCUGCUCCUGGUUUUGCACUUUCACCUUCUGCCUCUUUGCCAGCAUCCAAUUCAGUUUCUCUAACUUCAGGCGGAGCUCUAAAACCAACAUUGUUUCUUGGUUUGCUGGUAUUUUGCUUAUUGCAGCAGUUUUCUGGCGUGUGAGGUAUUCUUGGUAGCAGCAGCUUUUUUAUGUUUUUUUUUUUUUAUAUAUUGCUUGAUGUAAGGUAAAUGAAGUGUAUGGCAUUGUUGCGAGCUGUGAUUAGAUAAUAAUGUCAUAUAUAUAAAUACAUGACAAAACGGUACAUAUUGCUUGGGAAAUUUCUCUAUCUAGUGAUUU